AUGGCAAAGAAAAUAAACAGAUCGGCUAGUAGUGGAGCUUUUAUUAAAAAAAUACAAUUGGAAAAUGAAGAUUAUGUGGACUUGGAGUUUGACCAUGAAGACGAUAUUGUUUUGGACGACAGAGAGCUCCAGGGAAUGUCAGAAGAAGUUACUUCAGCUGCAUAUACAAACCAGCUGCUGAAAUGGCAUGAAGGUGCUGAUAAGUCGCUUCGUAGAACUUAUCAGAAAAAUUCGCGAACAACUGAAUGGAGAAAAAGAAAAGCAGAUAAUGAUGCUUCAAAUACGCAAGGAAGCUACCGUCUUACAGAUAAAGGCUUCUUUAUUAAAGUUCAAAAAGAGGCUCCAAUUGAAUUAAAAGAAUCUAUUGAUAGUGAAUUGGAGAACAUACAGAUUGACAAAAUUGCUGUGCUUAAACUUGCACAUGAAGAUGUUAAGAAAGAGAUUUUCCCUUAUACUCGCGCAGGUCCUUCUUCUCAGUCAGUUGAUGCUUUUGAACUCUGUAAGCUUAAAUCAGUUGAAUGCUACCUUCGAUACAGAAUAUCAGGCGCCAAAACUAUGGAAGCUUCAGAGAAAGCAUCGAUGGAAACAUGGCUUCACAAAAACACUUAUCGUCCAGCUGCUAUAAGAAAGUAUGCCAAAGAGUAUGUUGAUUUCCGUUCAAUUGCCUUACAUCAACAAGGAAAGCAUUUGAGAAGACAUUCUUUAUUUUCGGAUGAAGAUAUAAAGUCUACUAUCUGUAAAUGGAUUCAAAACCAGAGACCAGAAAGUCGAAGUCUUAUCGAAGUGAAGAAGUACAUUGAUGGAGAGAUUUUGCCAAGAAAGCUUGGUAUACCUGGAAAUACUUCCACAAAUACAAUCUGGAAGUACCUUCAUGAAUGGGGUUAUGUGUUUAGAAAGAACUCUAAAGACAUUUAUUACGACGGUCAUGAAAGAGAGGAUGUGAUUGCAUACCGUCAGAAAUGGGCAAAAAGAAUGAUGGUGUACAAGAAGAAAAUGGCAACUUUUUCUGAAAAUGAAGAAACUGUAGUUUUGCCAGUACUUAGAUCCGAUGAAAUAGAGCAUGUUCUUGUUACUCCCGAUGAAUCGACAUUCUACGCAAACGAUGGGAAAGAUACCAUGUGGCUAAUGGAAGAUGAAAAUCCUAUCCGUAAGAAAGGUCCAGGAAUGUCUCUCAUGAUCAGGUGCAAGGCCGUCUUUUCAUUUGACCAAAGCACAAAUCACAAAGCGUAUGGUCAAAAUGCUUUGAUCUCAAGCAAAAUGAAUCUAAAUGACAAAGAGAUUGAAGACGACGAUCCUUGUUCUUUGCGGGAUACAGUAUUUGUCCGGAAUGGUGUAGAGGAAGUACAAUCAAUGUACUACGAGAAGGACGAAUGGUUUGCAAAGAAAAGUGGACAAUGGGUCCAAAAUAAGGUUAAAUAUGUUAAAGGCGUCCGUCAUAUUCUGGAGGAGCGUGGUUUGUGGCUUGAGAAGGAUCCGUAUAAUCCUAUUAAGAAAUGGCGACUAGACUGUAAGAGUAAAGACGCCUCUGAAGAUAGCAAGUGCUGUGCACAUCAUUUUCUGGCUUCACAACCAGAUUUUAUGUCACAGAAAACUGCUCUUCAUGAGGCUGUCGAAGACUCUGGUCAUAUAUUUGAACUUUACCCUAAGUUCCAUUGCGAAUGCAAUUGGAUUGAGAGGUAUUGGGGUGCCGCAAAGCGUGAAGCUCGCCUCCAGUGUGACUAUACGUAUAAGUCCCUGGAUAAGAAUAUCCAUACUUUCUUGGAUCACGCUGGUAAGCUUCCAAAUAUCCGCCGGUAUUACAACCGCUCGUGGCGCUACAUUGAGGCAUACAGCCAAGAGAUGAACGUGAAAGAAGCCAAUGAUGUUGUUGUCGGACAUUAA